AUGACUGCGAGUAAAAUAUAUUUUGUUGAGGAAUUCGUAGAUAAUGAUCAAUGGAAGAACAGAUGGAUUUCAUCUGAACACGAAAGCAAAAAGUGGGAAGCAUUCAUUUUAUCUGGUGGAAAUCUCCAUGAGCAAUUGGAGAUAGGUAAAGGUCUGAGAACAUCCAAAGAUGGUAGUUUCUAUGCGAUAUCUACGAAAUUCAAACCUUUUACGAAUAAAGAUAAAACUUUUGUGCUUCAGUAUUCUGUGAAACACGAACAAAAUCUGACUUGUGGUGGAGCUUAUGUUAAAGUGUAUGAUUGCAACUUGAAUCCCAGGCAAUUACACCAAAAGACAUCUUAUCUCCUCAUGUUUGGGCCAGAUUUCUGUAGUCCACAUGUGCAUAAGAUUCAUGUGAUUUUUAAUUAUCGGGGAAAACUUGUACCGAUGGAAUGGGAUAUUCGGUGGCCUUAUGACAAAUACAGUCAUCUAUACACGCUAAUAAUUUAUCCUAACAAGCGAUAUACAGUUAAAAUUGACAAUCUGGAUGUGGCAGAGGGAACACUAGAAGAUGACUGGAAGUUUUUGCCACCUAAAAAAAUUGAAAAUUUCAAAGCCCGAAAGCCUAAGGACUGGGAUGAGAAUUUUGAAAUUUAUGAUCCAAGUGACCAGAAGCCUGAUGACUGGGAUCAGCCCGAGUAUAUUUUUGACAAGAAAGCAACAAAACCUGACGAUUGGAAUGAGGAUAUUGAUGGAGCUUGGGAACCACCCUUAGUUAAAAAUCCAGCCUUCAAAGGUCCUUGGAAACCGAGAAAAAUCCGAAAUGCUAAUUAUAAAGGACCAUGGAUACGUCCAUUCAUCGAUAAUCCUGAUUAUUUUGACGAUCCUGACCUUUACGUCUUUGAAGAAAUUUGUGGAAUAGGAAUCGAUGUUUGGCAAGUUGAAUCUGGAACUAUAUUUGAUAAUAUUUUGAUUUCGGAUGAUCCCGGAGAAGCGGAGGAGCAUGGCUGGAAAAUAUGGGGCAAAAUAAGAGAAGUAGAAAGAAAAUCUUCUUCCAUGAUUCGAAAAAAGGAACGAGAACAUCAUGUACAUGACGAACUUUGA